AUGAGCAAGCAGUUCGGCCAACAACAGCAAUCGCAGCAGAAUUUGCAGUCUCACCACCAAUCUCAAGCCCACUCUCAACAGCAGCAGCAGCAAUCUCACCAUGCUCAGCACCAACACCACCAUGAUGCUUUUGCUUCUCACUCGCACAAUCUCUCAAGCUCGACUCCUCACUUUACGCCCAGUCACAUGCAGAGCCAAACACCACUUAGCACCCACAGUCAACUCAGCAAGCCUACCAGCGAACACUGGCAAGAGCAACAGCGUCCUGGUGCCAAAAAGACUGAGGAGAACAAGGAAGAGCGCGGGAGAAGAAUGCCAUACCACGAUGAGAAGCAUCCAUUCACUGCCAUCGACUUUGGUGGUCAGGGUUUGCGUGCUCUUGCCAACAACCUCUUCAAGUACUACUUCCUCGAAAAGCUCUACGUCAAUCAGAACAAGCUCAACUGGUUGGUGCCGGAGAUUGGUAUGCUACGCCGACUUACCUUCCUCGACCUCUCACAGAACGAUCUCUCAAGUAUUCCGCCAGAGAUUGGUAUGCUCACAAAUCUUCGGACUCUUCUGCUCAUCGACAACAACCUAGUGGAUCUGCCUAGCGAGUUGGGCUACCUUUAUCAGUUGGAAACUCUCGGUCUUGAGGGUAACCCCCUUAACGAGAACAUCAAAGAUAUCAUUGCUGAGUCUGGUACCGGAGAAUUGAUCCGUACUCUGCGUGAGCACGCUCAAGGUCCCGAGCCGCCAAACGAGCGUGACUGGAUUGUCCUUGAUGAGGCACCUGCUGGAGAACAAGAAAGAUUCAUGGUUUACAGUCACAACAUCCUUUGCGACAAGUACACGACAGAAGCUCAGUACGGUUACGCCCCUUCGCACGCACUGCUGUGGGAGAAUCGCAGAGAGGUGCUUCUGGGUGAAAUAAGACAACGCCGAGCCGACAUUAUCUGUCUGCAAGAAAUCGACGCCGAGUCCUUCAACGAAUAUUUCCGCCCGCAACUCGCACACGACGAUUACAGAGGAAUGUUCUGGCAAAAGUCGCGUGCUCAUACCAUGUCGGAGAAGAACGCAAAAUUGGUUGAUGGAUGCGCCACUUUCUACAACAACACCAAGUACAUUCUGCUUGACAAGCAAGUUGUCGAGUUCGGCCGCACAGCUAUCAACAGACCCGACAUGAAGGGCGAGCAUGACAUUUUCAAUAGAGUCAUGACCCGUGACGAUAUAGCAACCGUCGCCUUCCUCGAGAGUCGCCAGACUGGUGCUCGUCAAAUGGUAGUCAACCUUCACUUAUUCUGGGACCCGCAGUUCAAGGACGUCAAGGUUGUUCAAGUUGCCAUUCUGCUGGAGCAGCUUAAUCGUCUGAGCAGAGAGUACGCCAAGUGGCCUGCACUCAAGGACAAGGAGCUCUUCCGCUACGCAAAUGGUGAUGAAGUGGAUGAAGAGCCCGUUGAGAAGGCACCGCCUGCACCAUCGCAAGAAUAUGCAUCGAACACUGACAUUCCGCUCAUUAUUUGUGGCGACUUCAACAGUACUUCAGAAAGUGGUGUGUACGAUUUGUUGGCUCAUGGCUCACUCUCAUCUUCGCAUGACGACUUGGCAGGCCGCAAGUACGGAAACUUCACGAAGGAGGGUAUGACCCAUCCUUUCAGUCUGAAGUCCUCGUACUCCCACAUUGGCGAGCUCGAGUUCACCAACUACACGCCUACCUUUGUUGGCUGCAUCGAUUACAUCUGGUAUUCGACCAACUCUCUGAACGUGACCGGCCUACUCGGAGAAAUCGACAAGCAAUACCUCAGCAGAGUUCCCGGUUUCCCUCACAUUUACCAUCCCUCUGACCACAUUGCUCUUGUGGCCGAGUUCGCGGUAAAGGUCAGGAAGGAAUCAAAGAGAUCGGAAGCAGACUUCGGGCAUGGUUCGAACGAUCACAGACACCGAUAA